AGUGUUGUGCAUCUCCCUACUGAUCUCUGGUAUAUUCACCCGCUUCUGCCAUUCGCAUUCGCUCUUGAUUGUUCGUGAUCCUCCGUGACUAGCGUUUGUGAUAAGUCGGCUUCAGUUAAUUUUGAGUUGUUUCCUUUUGGACCAACUGUGAACUUUGAAGAUGUUUCUGACACGUUCAGAAUAUGAUCGUGGUGUUAACACGUUUUCUCCGGAAGGUCGUUUAUUCCAAGUAGAAUAUGCAAUUGAAGCUAUCAAACUAGGAUCCACCGCCAUAGGUAUUGCAACUUCGGAAGGUGUAAUCUUGGCAGUGGAGAAACGUAUUACUUCUCCAUUAAUGGAACCAACAACAGUAGAAAAAAUUGUGGAAGUUGACAAGCAUAUUGGUUGUGCAGUCUCUGGUCUAAUGGCAGAUUCAAGAACAAUGAUCGAUCGGGCUAGGGUGGAAUGCCAAAAUCAUUGGUUCAUUUAUAAUGAGAAAAUGACAGUAGAGUCAGCAGCUCAAGCUGUAUCCAAUCUUGCAAUACAGUUUGGGGACAGUGACGAUGAUGGCAGUGCCAUGUCUAGGCCAUUUGGUGUAGCAAUAUUAUUUGCUGGAAUUGAUGAAAAAGGACCCCAACUUUUUCAUAUGGAUCCAUCCGGUACAUUUGUUCAAUUUGAUGCAAAAGCUAUUGGAUCAGGUAGCGAAGGUGCACAACAGUCACUUCAAGAAGUGUAUCACAAGUCAAUGACACUGAAGGAGGCAACAACAUCAGCAUUAACAAUCUUAAAGCAGGUCAUGGAGGAAAAACUGAAUGAAACCAACAUUGAAGUAAUGACAAUGACACCAGGAGCAUUCUUUCAUAUGUUCUCCAAGGCAGAGUUACAGAAGGUGAUCAAAGAUAUAGCUUAAAAUUUUCAAAUAGACUCGACCUAAUAAAUUCAUUGCUGAUUGAAAAGUGCAUCAAAGAAUUGCAUAAUUGCGGAUUGUAUAUAGGAUUACGCAUCGCGGUGAUUGUGUUAUUCAUAUACAAUCCUUUCUCCCUUUUCAUAAUAUAAGCAUUCUCACAGGAGAUUGGCACAAAAAUAUACAAAAAAAAAGAAGAUAACCAAAACUA